AUUCUUGUUACUUGUACGAAUUCUCCAACACAUCUUGCAUGUUAAGUUUACGCAAACUUGCAUAUUGUACAUUUAGUUUGACUCGGUUGAUUUUAUGACUUUAUUCUUAAGAACUCUACUAUAGUCAGACAUUUUAAGGCAGUGUAACAAAGUAAGGAAAUUGCCUACAAUAUACUCAUGGAUAUGCCUACUAUUUAAAAUUGAUAAAACCGAGAUCGUGGGCAACUGGGUUAUUCUGUUCCAUGGUAAUACGACUGCAUAUUGGUCAAAAAGUGAUAAUGUUCAUUUUGAUCUUGCUGAAGAUCCCAUGCUUAGAUGUAAAUGUAUUAUUGCACAAUAUAGCAUGAAAUUAGACGUAGUUAUGUGCGAAUAUUAUACUAUAUAAGGCAUGAGUCGCAGUUUUGGGACAAGUACAUUAUAUUCUGCUGCAUUUCCUGGUUCUGUUUUCCAGUUUUGUAACACCUUUUUAAAUAGCAAGUAUAUUAUGAUUCAAUGGUAGGUAAUUUUAUACCUCUUUUUCCUAUAGAUCCUUCUAAGUUUCUACACUUUUUUUUUGUUAUGAAUCACAACACCACAUGGAUAACUAUAUCCAAAUUCUUAAAGGAAUUUGUUAUUAUUCCUUUUUAGCGUGAUUGUUUAAAGUAAAAGAACUGAUCAUAAUUUAACAUCGAAAUUAUGCUUGAUGUUGUACUUGAUGUUCAUUAGUACUUGAAGCUGGCCGAUCCUAUUAUACUAGACAUUUACAAUUUUCGCCAUCACUUGUCCGACAAAUGACACUCAACACACAGGUGCGGUGUUAUAUAAAUAUGUUGCAAUGAAUUCGAAAUGGUCAGAACAACGAGAACAUAAGAGGAUAUUUCUCGAGCCUUACCACUUUCCCAUUGUUUCACUUGUUUAUUUCGGGCUUUGUUCGCAACAAACUUUGGGCAUUUCGCAUUUGGCGUUUAUUGUUUCCUACUUUGGGCGGACUACGAGUAUACGAGUAUAUCUGCUAUUUUACACAUUUAGUUUUCAGUUCUGGUUAGGAAAAACUUUGUUGAUUAGACGCCUGCGCCGUGGUUAAUUUCAGUUAGUGAAAUUCUAUUUUUUAAACCUUUUUUCUGAGAGAGGUAUUUUCUGUAUUUGUCAAAUGUAGGAACUGUCCUUUUAGCCACCUUUGCGCACAUAAAUAACCUACGAGACUGCGGGUGCCAAUUGCUCCAAACUUUGACCAUAAAUAUAAUUUCUUCGAACUGAGUGAUUCUGCAAAUGUGUAUCGUAUGUCCCGGAGUCUUAGUAUAUGUACACGCACACAUUUUCGCAAUAUAUUUAUUUUAAAAUGUUGCUGUUGAUUACUGCAGAUUUUGAUACGCCAAUGCAACUCAUGCAUCUCUGAGUUUGUGCUGCAGCUGCUGCAGCAAUAACCGCUCCACCGGCAUCCAAAUUUUAAUGUAAUUUCGUUCAUGCCGUGGGGUUGGUAAUGCCUUUCUGACAUUUUGACUUCAUUAAUUCGACAAAAUCUGCUUUCUGUCCGUCUGCGAAAGUUUUAUCAGCACCAAAGCAUCUCAAUUUUCGUCAUGCACCGUGCUUUUUGUUGAAUUUCAAAACAAGUGACACAUGCCACCAAAGCAAGGUUGAUGUCCUUCGAUUAGAACAGGAGGCCCCCUUUCAAAAUUAAUUCAAUUCUCGACUUAUAAAUUUGCCUACCACUACAUAUUAGGUAUUUUUUUCAAGGCAGUUCGGGUAAAGGUAAACGAGCAAAUCAAACGAAUUCCCCAGUAUCUGGAGCCCUUUCCAACCCAGCUCUUUGAAGUGUCCCCGAAUGCGGAUGCCUUGCAGUGAAACGGACUGCCACAUGUGCCUUCCCUUUAAAAGGGUAUAUAAAUAUCGAGCUCCUCAAAAUCGCUGCUAGUCGCGCAAAUUAUCUGCACACUUACAAACAUGUGUUUUUACACAUGUAUGUACAUUUUUUAAAUUUUUUUUUCAUAAUUGCAGUUCCUUCUACAAAAUUAGCUGCAGUUGGCUUUUGUCGUUGUCAGAUAAAUGUCAGUGCUUAGCCGGGAAACUCGAAAUUUAUCAGUCGCUGGGUUGUAGACGGUCUUGAAUGUCAUAUCGUUGCUCGUUGCUGGCUGCUCCGUUUUAUUGCAUUGAAAAUAGCAGUGAAAGGUGGACCAAUAAUGUAUCCAGUGUCCUAUAAACCAGGGCGUGCGUGCUACAAAUCAUGCCACCAUGCAAUGCGAGUGGCUAGAUCCUCAUUUUGUUACCAACGUCAACAGUUUAAUGCCGCUUCUAGUUAUGCUGGCAAAAGGUCUCGAUUAUUUGUUAGGCGGCGCUUUACGUUCCCAUCAUUGCCUUACAAUCCGGUGAGUGCACCAUCUGAUAUCAACAUGAAUGGCUAUAACCGAAAGUCGCCACAAAAAAGGCGCUAUGAGAUGCCAAAAUACGCUGCUCCAAAAAAGAAAAUCUGCAAGGAGCGCAUUCCGCAGCCGAAGAACACGGUGGCAAUGCUGAAUGAGCUUAGACAUGGACUGAUUUACAAAUUGGAGUCACAGACUGGUCCGGUACACGCACCUCUAUUUACGAUAUCCGUGGAGGUCGAUGGACAGAAAUACUUGGGCCAGGGCCGCAGUAAAAAAGUUGCACGCAUCGAAGCAGCAGCAACUGCACUGCGCAGCUUUAUACAGUUCAAGGAUGGAGCAGUUUUGUCGCCUCUGAAGCCGGCGGGCAACUUGGACUUUACCAGCGAUGAACAUCUUGAAAAUGAUGUCAGCAAAAGUGCUAUUACUGUUGACGGUCAAAAGAAGGUUCCAGAUAAGGGUCCUGUCAUGCUCCUCUACGAAUUAUUCAAUGACGUUAAUUUUGAAUGCAUUAAUAUUGACGGCGCUCAGAACAAUUGUCGCUUCAAAAUGACUGUCACAAUCAACGAAAAGAAGUUCGACGGAACAGGUCCUUCCAAAAAGACGGCGAAGAAUGCGGCAGCUAAAGCGGCACUGGCUUCUUUAUGCAAUAUUUCCUACAGUCCGAUGGUGGUGCCACAAAAGAACGUGCCCCUUCCAAUCGACGACAAGUCGUCAUCGAUGGAGUUGCCUCAGAUACACGCGGAUACCAUUGGUCGGCUGGUUUUGGAAAAGUUCAUGGAAGUGAUUAAGGGUCAGGAGGCAUAUUCGCGUCGAAAGGUAUUAGCGGGCAUUGUAAUGACUGAAAACAUGAAUUUUUGUGAAGCCAAAGUUAUUUCAGUUUCGACGGGCACAAAGUGUGUCAGCGGUGAGCAUAUGAGUGUGAACGGAGCUGUCCUAAACGAUUCCCAUGCUGAAAUAGUCUCCAGGCGUUGUCUUCUCAAAUACUUAUAUGCACAGCUGGACCUUCAGUGCAAUCAGGCCACAGCAUAUCAGUCGAUUUUCGUGAGGAAUACUGAUGGGCAAUACCCUUAUAAACUAAAAUCCGGGGUACAUUUCCAUUUGUAUAUAAAUACAGCACCUUGUGGGGAUGCACGGAUAUUUAGUCCUCACGAAAACGACACUGGUGUUGAUAAACAUCCAAAUAGAAAAGCUCGUGGCCAGCUGCGCACCAAAAUCGAGUCCGGUGAGGGGACAAUUCCAGUGAAAAGCAGUGAUGGAAUACAAACGUGGGAUGGCGUAUUGCAGGGCCAACGCCUGCUGACAAUGUCGUGCUCGGAUAAAAUUGCACGUUGGAACAUCGUGGGUAUACAAGGCUCCUUAUUGUCUUCCAUAAUUGAACCAGUGUACCUGCAUUCGAUUGUGCUGGGCAGCCUGCUGCACCCGGAGCACAUGUACCGCGCAGUGUGCGGCCGAAUCGAGAAGUCCAUUCAAGGCCUGCCCCCGCCGUACCAUCUGAACAAGCCGCGCCUAGCACUAGUCACCUCGGCAGAGCCGCGAAAUCAGGCCAAGGCUCCCAACUUCGGGAUCAAUUGGACCAUUGGGGACACCGAGUUGGAGGUGGUGAACUCGCUAACUGGCCGAACCAUUGGCGGCCAGGUUUCUCGCAUCACCAAGCAGGCGUUUUUUGUUAAGUAUGGAUUUUUAAUGGCUAACUUACCCGGUAUUUUAGUCCGCAAAGUAACUACAGACUAUGGGCAAACCAAAGCUAACGUUAAGGACUAUCAGAUCGCAAAGCUAGAAUUGUUUUCUGCAUUCAAGCGAGAAGACCUUGGCAGCUGGCUGAAGAAACCCAUUGAACAAGAUGAGUUCGGUCUUGCCGAAUGACUGCACUCAGCACUAUUAUAUAAUUUAAAAAAAGACAACAGUAACGGCAAGCAAUUAAUAGAGUUAGACGACAUAGAUUUUAUGACAAAUUCUUACAUAGAAUGCAAAUUCAAUUGGGUGCAAAAACAUCGCUAUGAUAUACUACUUCAUAUGAUUGAGAACCUGCCAACCUUGCGUACCCAUUGCAACAGCAAGCACAAAGAUGCUUAUGCUCGAAAUAUAAAGAACAGCUCUAGAAUAUUUAUAGAAUAGAAUGUAGUUUUUAUGCUGGAACUGAGUAAAGGAGUAUUAUGGCGUUUUUUUUUGAAUCAAUUCUUUUUCAAAUUGGCUAAAGCAAUUUCUUUCUCAUCUAUUUUUGUGACUUGUUUUGUUAUUUAACUGAAUGUAUUGCGACGUCGUCGCAACUACACUGUCGAAACUUUCAAGUGAGUUGUGUCUUUCGUUUUCCGUAUUUUAGAAAAAUAUGGUAAUAAAUAAUGUUACGAAACAGUUGAAAGAUAUAUAUAUAUAUAAAACCAACAAGUAAACUCAAUAAAUAACAAUAAUCCAAACAGAAAUCUAGAAUUCGUUCUCUUAUCGAUUAAGCAAUGUAUUUUGUUAAGUAAUGUUAUUUGCAACGACAUAAUAAUUAUAAUAAAGUCACGCUUAAUAUAAGCAUAAGAACAUUUUAGGUGAAUCUGCGUUAAUUUCACGUACUUUUCUUCAGAUCAGAUAUAAACCUAAGCUUUAAUUGAUUUUCAAUAAAUAAAACUGUGUUCUUGGUUGAAAAACUUUAUAUAUAACAACAUUUUAUCAAAUAAAUUAUGUAGAUUUCUUUGAAUAUUAGUUGAUACAAAUGACAUGCAAGCGAAUGCAGAUAAGAAUAUAUUAGUUACCAACUUUGUAGCAUGAUAAAGGCAUUUAAACUUCCUAAGUCCUAUCAUGAAGCUUGUAUCGCCAAUUUAUAUAAUGUAGAAAGACAUACUAUUAGUUGUGGUUACUUGUACAUCAUAAUAUUUUCUAUUAAACUAACUUCCGCCUGAGUUCUUCCGGUUGGCUAUCUUCUGGUUGUUCGUUCAAUUUGAAAUGGCAAUUGUAAAUGGUCAAAUCAAUAAUAACUCUUCCAACAUUUGACGUAUUCCAAUUCAAAACAAGGCGAUUUGGUUUCUCCUUUAAUGUGUACUUGAUAAUGCUAUGAUGAAUAAUCUAGUCAAAUGUGGUAUUCCAAAAAAAGUCAUAGUCUCUAACCAUUCAGAUAUGUGAAGUAAAUAUUACGUCGAAGUUGCAUAGAACACGAAAAUGAAAAAGACUGCAAGACAUUAGAGCAGCACAGCUUAUUUCGUUGCAGUUGCAGUUUGUCCGAAUCGUCUUAACUACGAAAAUACUUACGACCUCGAAAGUGUGUACCGAUUUGUUUAGAUAUAAUUUUUCAUUUAAAGCCAUAAAUUUUUAUUAAGGUCUAAAAAAAACAACCGCUUAUUUCGUCCGUUACCGUUUAUUAUUUACGAAUCUGCUUCGGAGUUUUGAUUAAUUUUUUUUCUACAAUCCAACUUGUAUUCUUCACUAUCGAGUACCUUAAUUGUGCCGAUUAUGUUUUAAAUAUAACGAAGAAUUUAUUUUUACCUUUUUUAUAUCGGCACGUAGUAGGCAUUUUAAUUUUACCAGCUUACCUUAUGAGAAAUUUGCUGAUACUCUGAAUACAAAUAAAAUACAAAAACCAUCAGGGCUUUUUAAAUGUGAAAUUAAAUCUAAGUGGAGAGGACAUUAUUUUUAAUUUUUAAUAGUGGUAUAAACCAAAAUUAAAUUAUAGAUUUCCUUUGAGUUCAAAGUGAUACAAGUACACUAUUUUUUUUUCUUGCGCAUGCUAAAAAUAUAUUGGCAUAAAAAACUUGCGGUUUUUUUUCAUUACUUCAUUAAAUAAUAAUAUGACGAUAUAAUUGACUUAAGUAAUAUUUGCAAAGAUACCGCGUAUGAUGGAUAAACCAAAGUUGAUCUUAUAUAAAAUACUGUGAUACUAAAUUUUACUAGUACUUCCAGCAUAGCUGCAUUUUAUCCAUUCUUAAAUAUUCUAUGAUAAGCAGCAGCAGAUAAUAAUCAAUGACUAUAUAGGAAAACAAAAAUUUUUAAAUGGCAUGCACCAUGCUUGUCUACAUUAGAUUUUCAAAUAAGAAAUUUUACAAAGUAGAUUAAUACGUAUGGAAAGGUGGGUUAACAUUGGGACUCCUCGAAUAUCAUUUAUAAUUGCUAAACAAAACAAUAGGCUCUCGAUGCAGCAUACAUAUUUAAACUUGAGUCAACUAAUUUCUAUUGCAAAAAAGCGUAAAAGAUAAAAGAUACAUUUAACUCUAUAACACGUAGGCUAGUCGUCGGUAUAUUCAAGAACCAGCUAAUAAACGUUCAACACGUAUUAAAAUACCUAUCUAAGAACACACAAAUAUAACUAUGAGAAUUUUUUUAAUUAUACUAAAUUAUACUUAGUUGGGAUAAAAAUCAGAUAUAUACAAUAGUGUGCUAGUCGAGUGCUCUACUCUUGUUAUGGAACGGCUUUAACUAUUCACCUACUAAGUUGGUUUGCCUAUCGGUUCGCAUACACAUUAUUUCAUAAUAUAUUUGAAACCUGUUUGGGAAUAAAUAGAAAUAGAAAAAGAAAAAAAGUAAAUAUCACAGUUUGAAAUGGAUAUUGUACUUGCAAGUUUGAAUUACAUGAAUAAGUAUACAAAACAAAAGGUUGCUCAAAUUGCAAAACACUUGGAAAGUAUUUACACAUCUUCCAAACAAAAAGCAGUCCUGCAAACACACUUAGAUGCUUAUAGAGAACAUGCCGGGUUUUAUUAUAUCCCGCUAAACCAGUGAUAAGAAGUCGCAUCGAGCCCCUACUACUAUGAUGUUCUAGACCAAAACCGUAUACCAUAUACCAUAUAUCAUAUAGCAUGAAGACACUAAUCCAGCGGUACUGCAAUCGCAGCCGCAUAUUUACGAGCUAAAGGCAGCAAUCCAAGACAGAUUAUAAUACCAUUUGCAAUUGUAUGAAAAGUUAGGGCCACUGACGACAGACUUGGUUAGCAUAUUAUUAAAGCAUAUGCUUUACAAUCCGUUCGGGGGCAACUAUCUUUUAAAGUUUUCGAAGUUGAAGGAGUGUAACCAAUAAAUUAGCUGAGACACAACAUUCUAAAUUAAUAUUGCAGAUCAAGUACUCAUGAAAUCAAAAAACAUUUAAUCAUUCAACCAUUUAUUUAUUAUUGAGUUUCUGGCUAAAAAGGUUAUAAAGAGACCACAAACUUUACUUUUGGGCUUACCCAUAUCCAUUAGGCAUUGCUUACGCAUAUUUCACAAAGUUCACGAAACGAAUAUCAAACUACCAAAAAAAUAAACAGUAUAAUCAUGCUGAAUGGAUUUCUAUUUUCGAGCCAAAAACACAUUUUUGUUAACAUCAAAUACUUUUUUGAUUCCACCGAAACUUGCAAUUUUGAUGGAUUAGUGGGUUUAGGAAAUUAGCAAUGCAGACAUCCAAAUAUAGAUGGAUUUUCUUUAGUUUAUAAACAAGCCCGUUUGUACCAGGAAAUCAAUAUAUGCAUAACUUAAUAUAUAGAAAUACACACUUAUACGUAAAUCUUUGUUCUUGAAAAAGAUUAGUGCAUAUAUCCAAAAGAUUUAAGCAAAUAAUAAACACUUAAUAUCUAAAUACACAGAACAAACUUUAAUAAAAACUAGGUUUACACUUCCUACACUGGAACUUCGCUUGUCCAUGUUUCAAGAAAUUCGCUUGGAUAACGCGAAUCAAUAAAAUUUCAAAAUAGUAACAGUCUAGUCGGAAAAAUACAAAUUCUAUUUGCAGCUUAAGAAAUUUUCUUUUAAACACUGAAUUGAAUACUUGCAAGAACGUCAAAAUCAAAUGCAGGCAUCCAAAAUUGCUCGUUUAGUUUUUAAAGAAUGAAAUCCGUAUGUACCAGGAAAUCAGUAUAUGCGUAGCUUAAUACAUAUAAAUACACAAUUAUACGUAAAUCUUUGUUCAAAACUUGAUCAAAAUUUAGUGCAAAUAGCCAGACGCUUCAAAUAGAUUAAAAGCGAGCAAAAGCAUUGUUAACAGCUACCUUAAACAUUUAAGUCGGCAACAAAAAGAAGAAGGAAUGUAUCAAUAAUUCAAACUUUUAAAAUAGAUUUUACGAUGGCCUUUUUGUUUUAUAAUCGACUGUCAGCCAAUAAAAUGAUCCCCACGUCAUUGAAGACGAAACUUAAACCCUAUAAGCCUAUGAAUAUUUACACAAUCGUUCGGUCUCCAACUAAUGUAAAUGAAAUUUAAUAAAUUACCAAUAAUAUAUAGAGAACAAAA